GUAUCCAAGCCCACCAAUGGGAUCUGGAUCUGCCCCUGCUCUGUCCACUGCAGAAGAAAAUGUGGAGUAUGUUCGGACUCUCUAUGACUUUCCUGGCAACGACGCUGAGGAUCUUCCAUUUAAAAAGGGCGAGAUACUGGUAAUUGUAGAGAAGCCCGAAGAACAGUGGUGGAGCGCCAGAAACAAGGAUGGUCGGAUUGGGAUGAUUCCUGUUCCUUAUGUAGAAAAGCUAGUCAGAUCUACUCAUGGCAAGCAUGGAAACAGGAAUUCCAACAGUUACGGGAUUCCAGAACCUGCCCACGCGUAUGCUCAGCCUCAAACCGCAAGUCCCCUUCCCUCAGUGUCCAGUACACCUGGAGCAGUGAUCAAUCCUCUGCCAUCCACACAGAACGGACCAGUCUAUGCCAAAGCUAUCCAAAAGAGAGUACCCUGUGCUUAUGACAAGACUGCGCUGGCAUUAGAGGUUGGAGAUAUUGUGAAGGUUACAAGGAUGAACAUAAACGGUCAGUGGGAAGGCGAAGUCAACGGUCGAAAAGGGCUCUUCCCAUUCACACACGUCAAAAUAUUUGACCCUCAAAACCCAGAUGAGAACGAAUGAUUCCCUCUGCCCGAUUUACACUGCUGCUUCAUUUUCCUGGCUAUCAUUAGCAUUGUUUGAGGUGGGAUGAUGACUUAAUGGCACAUUGCUAGCAUUGCCCAUUUUCCAGCUUGCUGCAGUUUGACGGUUCUUUUAAUAUACAUUUGGAAUACAUACAACUGAAGUCACUGCCUGACCUUCAUACCAUAGUUGUGUCAUCCAGAAUUUAGUUUCACUUUUAAAACUCUAUUGGGCCUUAAGCUGGAGAAGACUGAACCAGUAUAUAGCAGAGAAGUACGGGAAGAAAACCUUUCCUCUUGACUUCCAUGGACUUUUUCUGGCUUGCUCAUUAGGAAAAGCCCUAAUCUUAGAUCAAACAUGCAACUUGUGCAUUACUGUCCAAGAAAAAGCAACAACAAAAAUGCAAUUUUAGGACUGAAGAGGACUUAGUUUUAAGAGAACCUGUCCUAAGUUAGUACAUUUAAAAUGAUGGUCUCUUUAGAGGACAAUAAUUGAAGCUUACGUAUUCUAAGCAGUUGUAUUAGAAGCUGCUCUUUUCUGUUAACUCUUAAGCUUGUUGUUGACCUUCAUGAAACGAGUGUGUGUUAAAUGCAAAUAACCAUUGAUUGA